AUGCCGCAUCAAUUCUUCAAGGAUGCGCACUCUGUGCUUAACAACAAGUUUGUUCCAAGAGCGUUCUCUUUGAACCUCAAUGCAAAGGAUGAAAAGGCCAAUGAUCGAGAUAACUUGAGCAAAGGUUCUGAAAGGUUUGAUGAUUCAUUAAUCGCACCCCAAGCAGUGUCUACCGCUCCAUCAACUGGAUCAUCCUCAUCUCGUUUCUUUGGCGCGUAUCCUGGCGGUAAGGCUCAAAAACCUGUCAAAGAUCAAUUCAAUGAUAACAUACUAGGUGAUUCGUCUAUUGACAACAUUGAGAACUUUGUUAAAGCUUCAAAUAAAGACAACUUUGCUGGUGUUUCCGGUAUAGCUCGUGAGAGGCCAUCGUCCACUAGAACUUCAACCAAUAGUUCAGAUGACCUUUUGAUUACUGAUGUUAGAGAGAUCAAUGGAGAUCAUACAGACGAGACUUCGCCAUCUAUUGUUUCCAAUUUGAAGCCAGAAGCUAAUGAUAUUCAACUGGAAGAGGCUCCCUCUUUUCAGGCAGCAGAAACUUCGGCAGAUUUAGUUAUGGAAGCCUUAGUCAAGUCCCAAAAAUUAUGCUCCCAAUUCAAAGAAAAGUUGGCUCAAGCUCAGUCAAAGCUUUCUUUCCAAGAAGAUGAAAUCAUUAAUUAUAAGAAGAUAACUGAUUUAAUGAAAGAAAAUGUCAAGAACUUCAGAGAACACUUGGGAACCUUGGAAUCAAAAUCAAAGGAACUUAAAGAUGCUAAAAGAGCUGAGAGUUCAACUUUCUCACAGGUGAAAAAUGAACUUGAUAGUUUACAUGGUGAUAUUGAGACUUUUAAAAGUGAAGCAAACAAUUUCAAAAAAAAAAUUGAUCAACUAAAGCAGAUCAAAGUCUCAAACUCAUAUGAGAUUGAAAGAAGUGAGUUACCCAUACAGCCAAAAAUAGUGUGUUAA